AUGGGGCUAGCGAUUACCGGGAUUACGGCGAUAUGCUUUGGGUUCCUCAACUAUCUCCCGGCCGGAAAUCGCCUGUUCUUCUGGGCUUCGCUUCUAAUUCGAAUAGCUGAAGCUGUGGGAGAUGCCGCUUUCGUCACUUCUUCUUUUGCCAUUUCGGCCAAGCUCUUCCCUGGACAUGUGGCUUCGAUUGUUGGGGUGAUGGAAACCUUUGCCGGGCUUGGCUACACGGCCGGUCCACUCGUCGGCGGCUUCCUGUAUGAGUACGGAGGGUUCCAAACGCCAUUCCUCGUACUUGGCGGGACCCUGUUGGUAGCUACAGGGUUGAGUGUGUUCACCAUCGAGGCGCUGGACGAAGAUACCGAUGAUAUUGACACUGACAAGGGAAUGAUGGCGAUGCUGAAGAUUCCACUAAUCUGGAUUAUGAGCUAUGCGGUCGUUAUCUGUGCUUUGUCGCUGUCAUUUUUGGAUCCAACGUUGGAGGCUCAUCUCAGGACGUUCUCCCUCACUCCCACCGUUGUCGGGCUGAUGUUCUUGCUCUGUGGAGGCGUCUACACUCUAUCAGCUCCAUUCUGGGGAGUCCUCAUUGACAAAUUCGACUGCUCGAUCUUCAUCAUGUUCUUCGGGUCGGCAGCUACGGCCGUGUCGAUGGUGAUUAUUGGACCUUCUCCGCUAAUUCCGAUUGAUAAGAAUCUCUGGGUGAUAGGAUUUGCAUUAUGUAUACUUGGAGUAGCUGCCGGAGCCCUUUACAUUCCAACCUUCCAAAAUUGCCUGGAUGCCGUCAAGGAGUACGACUUUGACGACUCCAUCUACACCUACGGUUGUGUGUCCGGCAUUUUCCAGAGCGCCUUUGCGUUUGGCGGAUUUAUCGGUCCUACCCUCGGUGGAGCGGCGGUACAAUGGAUAGGGUUUGAAUGGACGUCGACGGCGAUAGCCAUUGUCAACGUGAUAUUUAUCAUUACCCUCCUAUUUUACUACGGCACCAAAUCGAUGCGACAACGAUCGAUUCAACGAAUUUUGGAA